AUGAUGCUCUCCACUGUUAAUUUAAAUAGUAGUAUCUCCAAAGAGAAUUCAGGUCAAAUCAAUGGAUUAUCAAUGAAGAAGAAUUCAAUUAAUAAUAAUAUCAAUUCUCAUACACCUCUUCAACCAGGUUCUCUAUCUCAUUUAAAACAUAAACUAUAUGGAUCAAGUAAUAACAACACAACAGAAAGAAAAGCACUUGGUGAAAUUACCAACACAACCUCAAAAUUCAAUAAUAGCAAUGGUGGCAGUGGUGCAAAUAAAAAAUCAUCCUCUUCCUUUUCAUCAUCUGCUGAUAAUAAAUUACUUUUUGUACCAACUUCAAAUACACCACAAAUUAGAAAAAAAAUCAAUACAACUACUUUACCAAUUAUUUCAAAUAAUUUAUCAUCAGUUGCAAAAGUAAAGAAACCAUCAGUUGUUGUCGAUAAUAUUAAUAAUUCACCAUUACAUGAUAAUAAUACUAUUCAUUCUGCACCACCUGCACCACUUAGAUUAUCAUCAAAACUUUCAAAUCAUUCAAUUGAAUCAUUAAUAAUGACACCAUCUUUUGAUCUUCCAAUCUCUGGUUACACUGAAUCCUUUGAAGAAGACAUUUACAAAUUUGAACAAAAUAACAACUAUGAAUCAAAUGACGACCACUCAUUAAUGAUUGAAGAUAAUUUUUCAUUUAGUGAUUACUAUCAAGAUAUCUCUCUUUAA